AUGAGCUACUUCAAGUUUCGUAGGCUCGAGUUGACUCGAGAGUCGCUCGGCCUCACCAAUUGGGUACGAUUCGAUAAGUACAAUCCAAGUGCUGCGGGUGCUACCGAUGCAAGGAAGUCGCUGGGUGGCCUGGAUUACUCGCCUCUACGCCGAGUAACAUGGGCAUCGUUCUGGAUGGGCAUCCUCGUCUCUAUGGGUGGAUUCAUCUUCGGUUACGAUACCGGUCAAAUUUCUGGUUUUCUUGCCAUGCCAGACUUCCUGCGAAGAUUUGGUCUGCGUCACAGUGAUGGAACGUUCUAUUUCAGUAACGUGCGGUCCGGUCUUAUCGUGGCAAUGCUGUCGAUUGGUACAUUGAUUGGAGCUCUCAUUGCUGCUCCCAUUGCCGACUUUAUUGGCAGAAGGCUGAGCGUGACAUUCUGGUGUGUUGUCUUCUGCAUCGGCAACAUUGUCAUGAUCUCGUCGGAUCAUCAUUGGUAUCAGAUCAUGAUGGGCCGCUGGGUGGCCGGUCUUGGUGUCGGUGCAUUGUCGUUACUCGUUCCAAUGUACAUGGCUGAGACUGCACCCCGUUACAUCCGUGGGGCUCUGAUAAGUACCUACCAGCUCUUUAUCACCCUCGGUAUCUUCUUGGCUGCAUGCAUCAACUUCGGUACCUACGAGCAUCAAAGGGGCAACUCUGGCUCGUGGAGGAUCCCCAUGGGAAUAGCCUUCAUCUGGGCCUUCAUUCUGGGGGGAGGUAUCCUCCUCUUCCAGGAUACCCCUAGAUAUCUGUACCGCCAUGGACAUACAGAAGAAGCAAAAAAGAUCAUGGAAAAGGUUUAUGGAGCACCACCAAACCACUACAGUGUCCACAUCGAGUUGGAAGAAAUUGAGGCCAAGCUCCGGGCUGAGGUGAACGAUGGGAAUCCAAUUGCUGAAUGGUUCCGUAUGUUCCGAGCCCCAAAGAUGGCAUACCGAAUCGCCCUCGGCAUGACGUUGCAGAUGUUCCAACAGUUGACCGGUGCCAACUACUUCUUCUACUACGGUACCGUGAUUUUGUGGGUUACCAUUUUCUUACCAAUCUCUUUUUUUUUCUUAACAAUUUUUUUUGUGAUUUUGAAUGGCAUCAACUUCGGAACUACUUUCUACGGUCUGUAUGUCGUCGAACACUAUGGCCGUCGUAAGUCACUUAUGAUUGGCUCGGUUUGGAUGUUUCUUAUGUUCUUGAUCUUCGCCAAUGUCGGCCAUUUCUCUCUCGAUAAACAUGACCCCCAGAAGACCGAAUCCAGCGGCACGGCCAUGAUUGUAAUGGCAUCCUUCUUUAUCGCAGCCUUCGCCUCCACUUGGGGUCCCAUAAUUUGGACGAUUUGCGGGGAGAUGUAUCCGUCAAAGUACCGCGCAAAAAGUAUGGCAAUGUCGACCGCCUCAAACUGGCUGUGGAACUUCCUCAUAGCCUUCUUCACGCCUUUUAUUACUGGGGACAUCGACUUCCUAUACGGUUACGUCUUUGCGGGCUGCAAUCUGGUCGCUAUUCCGCUGGUCUAUUUCUUCGUUAUUGAGGGCCAAGGUCGCACACUCGAGGAGAUCGAUACUAUGUAUAUCCUGGGUGUGAAGCCAUGGAAGAGCGCCGAAUGGGUUGCCCCUCCGCCAGAAGAGCUAGCUAAGAUCAGACGCGAGGCUGGGACCGAUGAUACCGCAGAAACCGGUGAAAUUACGCCUGCCGAGCAACGCAGCAGCGACGAGACAAAUACUGAGAAGGAGGCCGAAAAAGACGCGGAGCACCAUGCGUAA